CAUCCAUAUUUUCGUUUAUAGCGCGUAAUCAACAUUUAAAAUGAGUGCGACUCCGUCAAAAAAACAGUACAAAACGCCAAAGAAACAAAAAGAAACGACACGGCGUCCAAAAUCGGCAAGUCUCAAAUCUAUUGAAAAUUUAACAAACUCCGAUGAAUCAAGUGCCGCUGAGAUCGAGGAGCGACGCACACGCACACGUCGCUCAGCCCGCAAGCCGAGUCCCACCAAGAAGUAUCAAGACUAUAGAGCCAAAGUCGAUGAUCAGCGCGUUGUUGUCAAUUAUGCUGAGUGCACGGAUGAAGAUGAGUCCCAGUCCGAAGUCGAACAAGACGCUGCUGCGUUAGGUGAGGCGAUAGGCGUUGGUGCAGCAAAGCCAAGCACACGGGAUCUGCAGCUUAUACAGUCGGACUACAACGUGGCGGGCACCAGUUUGUUCGGCUUCAAUACGCCCAAGAAGAGGGAUGCCAUGGCUUUGGCUGCGCUCAAUGCGACUCCCUGCACUCCAAAGACACCAAAGACACCGCGGCUGGGUGUUAAGACCCCAGAUACGAAACGCAAAAAGGCAGAUCAACCAAAAACGCCAGCCCAUGUACGGACACGCGUUAAGCAACAGAUAGCUAAAAUAGUGGCCGACUCUGAUGAGGACUUCUCGGCGGACGAGAGUGACUUUCGCCCGAGCGACGCCAACUCGUCAAGCAGCAGCAGCAGCAGCAGCAGCAGUGAAGGUGCCAGCUCCGACAACGACGCCGCCGACGAUGAGUCGAAGACGCCGUGCAAGGCGCGCCGGGCCAUUGUGGUGCCUGUGCUGCCCAAGACGCCGUCGGCAGCGCGUCAGCGGCAGUCGGCGCGCGUGAAGAGAUCGAACGAAUUUGUGCCAGAGAGCGAUGGCUACUUCCACUCGCACGCCAGCAGCAAGAUACUCACAUCGGAUCACACACUGGAUCGCCUGAAGAAUCCACGCCUGGCCGCAGAUCGUUUGUUCAGUCUGUUGGCCGAUAUGAAGGCAUCGGCCGAGCACGAUACUGCCAUCAAUGCCAUUAUGGAAGAGUAUCGUUCGUACUUCGCCAAGUGGAUGUGCAUCCUGAACGAGGGCUUUAACAUUCUGCUCUAUGGACUCGGCUCGAAGCGGCAGCUGCUGCAAUCGUUUCAUCGUGAUAUACUCAACCAGCAAACGGUUUUGGUGAUAAACGGAUUCUUUCCCAGUCUGACACUCAAGGACGUUCUGGACAGCAUCACCAGCGAGAUUCUGGACGCUGGUCCGAGCUCUGCUAAUGCACACGAGGCCGUGGACAUGAUCGAAGAGGAAUUUGCACUGAUACCCGAAACACAUCUGUAUCUGAUUGUGCACAAUUUGGACGGUGCCAUGCUGCGUAAUGUUAAAUCUCAGGCCAUCCUAUCGCGUCUGGCGCGCGUUCCAAACAUUCAUCUGCUGGCCUCCAUAGACCACAUCAACACGCCCUUGCUUUGGGACCAGAACAAGCUGAGCAACUAUAACUUCUCCUGGUGGGAUUGCACCACCAUGCUGCCCUACACGGAUGAAACGGCCUUUGAGAACUCGCUGUUGGUCACGAAUUCCGGCGAACUUGCACUCUCUUCGUUGCGAAGCGUAUUCUCCUCGCUGACAACCAAUUCGCGUGGCAUUUACAUGCUGAUUGUCAAGUUUCAGUUGAAGAACAAGGGCAAUGCCAACUAUCAGGGCAUGCCCUUCAAAGACUUAUACUGGAGCUGUCGUGAGGCCUUUCUGGUUAGCUCCGACCUGGCACUGCGUGCCCAGCUGACCGAGUUCCUCGAUCACAAAUUGGUCAAGUCGAAGCGCAGUGUUGAUGGCUCCGAGCAGCUGAACAUUCCAAUUGAUGCGGCUCUUCUGCAACAGUUUCUCGAUGAGCAGGAGAAAAAAUAGUCGCCACAUGUUUAGAACAUAUUAAUUUAUUAUCUAAUUUGUUAAAUACAAUUACAAUUUGCGUUCUCUUUAAAAA